AUGGAUUUACUGAAAGUGACACACAGUAUUUUUUCGAGAAAUUUCAAAGUUGAGAAGAAAGCACAACCCAUCGAUCCUGAUCUAACGGCGAAAUUACUGGGCCGCGGCGUGGCCACGAGCCCAAUAGUCACGGUGGAGCCGCGCCGGCGGAAGUUCCACAAGGCGAUAACGCUGAGCAUGCCCGCUCCGAAGGCGCACAGCCAAGGCAUGAUUAACCAAUACUCCGGAAGCGCGCCCACGCUGCGACUGCUCUGCUCCAUCACAGGUGGACCAUCGCGAGCUCAGUGGGAGGACGUCACCGGAUCGACGCCGCUCACGUUCGUCAACGACUGCGUGUCCUUCACCACGACUGUGUCCGCGCGCUUCUGGCUCAUGGAUUGCCGCAACAUAGCUGACGCCACAAAAAUGGCCACAGAGCUCUACAGAGAGGCGAUUCACGUGCCCUUCAUGGCCAAGUUCGUGGUGUUCGCGAAGCGAGUGGAUCCACUGGAAGCGCGCCUGCGGGUGUUCUGCAUGACGGACGACAAGGAGGACAAGACGCUGGAGCACCAGGAGUACUUCACGGAGGUGGCGAAGAGCAGGGACGUGGAGGUGCUGGAGGGCAAGGCGCAGUACAUUGAGAUGGCGGGUAAUCUGGUGCCGGUGACGAAGAGUGGCGAGCAGCUGCAGUUGCCCUUCAAAGCCUUCCGUGAGAAUCGCCUGCCGUUCUCGGUGCGCGUGAAAGAUCAGCACGCUGAUACGGUGGGUCGAGCGCUGUUCAUGCGCGAGCCGAAGGUGGCCAAGGGCGAGCCUCCGCAGCAGCCCAUCUGCAUCCUCAACAUCGUGCUGCCCGAGGACAUCAUGCCGGACUUCGUGACGUCGCAGGAGGACGGCAUCGACUCGAGCGAGGUGUACAAGCGCCUGAUGCCGGACGGCGGCACGUACUUGGGCGACUUGCGCGUGGUGGACAUGUCGAACCUCCUGGGCGAGGAUUGGUUGAAACUGGCGCCGGAGAUUGGUGUGUCCGAAGUGGAGGUGGAGGAGAUUGUGGAGCAGCAUCCCAACAGCACGGCUCAGCAGGCGCAGGCCAUGCUGAGACUGUACUUGAUGCGGAGGAAUAAUGAUCGGAACAUCCUGGAGAAUGGCCUGAAGGCUAUUCAGCGCGAUGAUAUCGUGAAGCGGUGCAUGAGGAGCAAUUAUAUUGAGGCGAAUAGGCAAGAUCACGUCUCGCGGCGGCACAUAAGUCUCGAUGGGAGUCCGUAUGAGGAGUCGGAUCUCAUGAAGGACUCGGAAUCCAUUGAGGAACUGGUGCAAACUGAAGAUAAUCGCUUGAAGCAGCUCCACGAGCGGGAGGAAAUGAAGUAUUCCGCCGAGGAGAAGAUUAUUGAGGACGAGGAGUCCGAGGAGGACGAGGUGGUGAAGCGGUCUGUGGCCGAGAGGCGGCAACAGAUUGAGAAGCGGCUCUCGGUGGAGCGCCAAAUCCCGGCGUCGACGCAGAAGAAGGAGAUCGUGGAGGAGAUCACGACAAUAAAGCGGCACAGCUUGAUCGAGGACAAGAAGGCGCGCCACGAGGAGGAGAUCCUGGCCCAGACGCCAGUUGAGAAUGUCAUAAAGCCCGUGGCGCUGCCAGAGCCCGUGCUGAAGCUGAAGAGUGGCAAUCUGAAGGAGGGCAGUGACUUGGACAAGACGGAGUUCGAUAGGGAGCUCAAGGAUAAGUUCAAGAGCACAGGGAAGAGUGUCGAGGAAGACUUUGAGGAGUUGGUAGACAGCAAGAUCCACAUUGAUAGCAAGGUGACGGAGAAAACAGUCACCGACAGGGAUGGUGAUGUGAUCACGACGUGCAUCACGACCACUAAGACAACCACGAUCGUGGAUGAGGAGCCUCAGAUUGUCACAUUCACUGCCACGGACAGCCUGCAAGACAAGCUGCGGCGCGAGGAGCUGGAGAAGGAGGCCAGUGUCCCCCGGAAGACCACCUUUGUCGAGCCUCAGCUCGCCGAAAAAAUCGAGACGUCGUCACGCUUUGUCGAUGACCUCAUUGGCGAUGCCGCGGAAACGGUGGAUGCGAUUAAGCGUCGCGAUCACGGCACGAAGAUCGUCACUGAGGAAGUUUGCAUAGAAAGAGCUGCAAAUGAUAUCACAUUGUCGCAAACGCCUCCACCAACGCCGGAGCUUCAAUUCCAGCGUGAUCCUCUCGAGGAUCGCCGUGGGAUUCAAUUCCAAGAUGAUACAACGACCUCAUCUGUGCAAGAUGACGCGUCGGUGGACACUGAAAUGUUCCGCGAGGAUCACUUUGGCAGUCUCGACCCCGUCACGAAGCGCAAGGCCGUUUACUGGGCCUCCGCUGAGGACUUCGACGCACUCAGCAUGCAAUCAUCCGAGGUGGAUGACAAGCGUGCCACCCCAUCAGACAUCACUGCACCCUCCUCGAGUGACAACCAGCGCAGGCGAUCGCAGCAGAAGGCGCAGUUUAACCUGCGCUUCGAGGAGACGGCCGGAGACUCUCAAACGACCAGCAUUGGCACGUCGCCCAUCACGAAUCUGGUGGAGUCUCCCGAGGCCCCGCGAUCCGGCCGCACGGAUUCGCCCUCGCUGAAGCUGGUCAUUGGCCGCAAGGAGCUGAAGACCAGCGACGCUUCUGCUAUCAGCGAGAGUCGCCUGACGCUGUACGGCACUCAAGACGUAGAGAUCUCCAUCAGCAGCCAGUCGAAGAUCAGCGUGACCACGACUCACAGCACCAGCACAAGCAGCAGUGCUGGAGAGCGCGACACGCCCAGGAAGCAGCGCAAGGAGAAGGUAUUCGAGUCCGAGGAAACGUUCGGACGCGAUGGCAAGAAGCGCGAGGAGUCGGUGGUGUUCUCUAACAAGAAGAGCAUUCACCUUUACGGGAGCUUCGACUCCAACAGCGAAUCGCCAGCCACUGAGCACAGCUACUCGCAUCACAUUACCGAUACCGGGAUCUCCCUCACGCGUGGCACCUUCACUGAGACCGCCACAAGUCCUGGCAUCCAGGCCACGUCAGAUAAUGCGAAUGAGAAGGGCCGCUUGGCCCUGAUCACAGACACCGCGCUGGAUGUGGAAGUGGAGGAGCUGGAGCUCACAGACGCUGGUCUCAGUCCAAUCCAGCCUGAUGACCAAGACCUGGUCAAUAUAGGCUUCCAGAUGGCCGCCGAGGAGGACAUUCACUUCUCGAACAUGGCCACAAGUCCAGUUGAGUUCGACGCCUCGAGUUCCGCUGUGGACACUUCCGAGGCGGGAACGCUCACGGACCAGGUCGUCCUCAAAGACGCCUCCUCGAGUCCACUCGACGCCAACACGAGCCUCAGACAAGAUUUGUCCAAGCUCAAGGAGGAAGAUAUCCUCAUGACACGUCGAGGUUCAGGCGACGUGAAGGCCAAAGUAAAGAUGCUCGAAGAGAGUGUCCUCAAAUCCUCCCUCUCUCAAUCGUCGUCCCCCAAAAAGAAAUCUGUGACCCUUCCCAAGGAGUCCAAAGAGCCUCCGCAGAAACCCGUAUCAUCAGACGAGAGGACCGACUCAAGCAAUGAGGACGAGUCCGCGGUGUCUGAAGAACCCAUUCCGCCAAUCCACGAAAUGAUCAUGCAAAUUGAGAAGAGAAUCGCUGACGAGUCCACAAGUCGUACGACUUCCGAUCCUAGAAGUCCCUUGAAGCGCUCCACUAGGAGCACUAAAGUCCCUCGGGAAAAGGUGUCCGAAGCCACAAUCCUCGGGGAUCUUGAGGAACAGAUUAUCAAGCCCUCAGACACAACUGAUGGAGAGCAAAAAGAAUCCGAACAAGACGAUCAACGUCGCAUUUCCAAACUCAUUUACGCUCUGGAGAAUAAGCAAAAAUUCGAUGAAAUUGACGCAGUAGCGCAAAAUCUUCAAGAGAUUCAUGAGCCUGUUUGCGAAGUGAAAUUGACAAAGAAGACGAUUUCCCAAUUGACUGACACUGACGAAGACGUGGACGAGAUAGAAAAACUUGAAGAUCCCACAAAGUCCGAUACUAAGAAACAUGUCUAUUUCUCCGAAUCUGUCCAAGACACGAAAGAGAAUAAAUCCGAACGGAAGUCCUCCAAAAUUGAUACUCACUCCACAUUUAAAACCAUUGAAUUCGCCUCUAACACACUUGCUGUGGUUGAUUUUCAAAAUAUUGUGACAAAGACGGAGUCUUGUGAGGCACGAGAUGAAAUGGAAAAAGUUCAUACUCUGGAGAAAGUUCAGACUAAAGUCACGGAAACAACUGAUCACACACCAGCGCAAAAAAUCUUUUCUCAAAUAGAGAAAUCAGAAAUUACAGAAAAGACCAAACAUACUGAGUCAGUUGCAAAUCAGCAGACAAUUAAAACCACAGCGACAACAGUCAAAGAGUUAACUUCAGAAACUGCCACUUUAGCUGGGGAUCUUACUGGCAAUCAGCCAGAAGGGACCGAAACACCUCUUCAAAGGCAAGCAGAAGUAGAAAAUCUAUGCACACAUGCGUACGAAGAAAAAAGAUCCGAAUUUAAAGAAGAUAUAUUUGAUAUCGACUUAACAAAAAUAACGGAAAAAACAACAGAACAAGAAGUUACAACAUACAAGGAUAUAAAACAAUCAGAUGAUAUUAAAACAACAAUGAUAAUACCGAAAGAAGAACAUGAUUUUGAAGAAAAAGCAUUAGAGAAAGAAACAGUUGACGAUAAACCUAAAUCCAGCGACGCAUCUCCCAAAAUUUCUUCGCUAGUUCAAACCACAAGCUCAAACGAAGCCCCUGACCUAGAGAAGACAGAGAUCGUUAAACAAGUUGAAAUUGUUGCGCAGAAGAUCCAAGAAGUCGCCAAGGAUGAGAUUCUUAAGGUCGAGCCAACUUCCAAGGAGCCCUCUCGGCCACAAUCAUCCGCCGAGCUGAAAGAAGAGGUCAAGAAAGUUGGCAAGGAGUCUCCGAAGGAAAUCUCCAGGCCAGAGUCCGUUGCCAGUUCGAAGGACGAAGCUCCGAAAGAGCCUGAGCCCAUUUCGGAACCGACAAAAGAAAUCUCCCGGCCAGAAUCCGUCGCCAGUGUCAAGGAGAGCCCGAAAGAAACCAAGCUGUCUCCUGAACUAGAGAAGAUUGUCACUGAGAAGACAGAGAUCGUUAAACAAGUUGAAAUUGUUGCGCAGAAGAUCCAAGAAGUCGCCAAGGAUGAGAUUCUUAAGGUCGAGCCAACUUCCAAGGAGCCCUCUCGGCCACAAUCAUCCGCCGAGCUGAAAGAAGAGGUCAAGGAAGUUGGCAAGGAGUCUCCGAAGGAAAUCUCCAGGCCAGAGUCCGUUGCCAGUUCGAAGGACGAAGCUCCGAAAGAGCCUGAGCCCAUUUCGGAACCGACAAAAGAAAUCUCCCGGCCAGAGUCCGUCGCCAGUUCGAAGGACGAAGCUCCGAAAGAGCCUGAGCCCAUUUCGGAACCGACAAAAGAAAUCUCCCGGCCAGAAUCCGUCGCCAGUGUCAAGGAGACCCCGAAAGAAUCCAAAUUGUCUCCUGAGCUGGAGAAGAUUAAGAUCCAAGAAGUCGCCAAGGAUGAGAUUCUUAAGGUCGAGCCAACUUCCAAGGAGCCCUCUCGGCCACAAUCAUCCGCCGAGCUGAAAGAAGAAGUCAAGGAAGUUGGCAAGGAGUCUCCGAAGGAAAUCUCCAGGCCAGAGUCCGUUGCCAGUUCGAAGGACGAAGCUCCGAAAGAGCCUGAGCCCAUUUCGGAACCGACAAAAGAAAUCUCCCGGCCAGAGUCCGUCGCCAGUUCGAAGGACGAAGCUCCGAAAGAGCCUGAGCCCAUUUCGGAACCGACAAAAGAAAUCUCCCGGCCAGAAUCCGUCGCCAGUGUCAAGGAGAGCCCGAAAGAAUCCAAAUUGUCUCCUGAGCUGGAGAAGAUUAAGAUCCAAGAAGUCGCCAAGGAUGAGAUUCUUAAGGUCGAGCCAACUUCCAAGGAGCCCUCUCGGCCACAAUCAUCCGCCGAGCUGAAAGAAGAGGUCAAGGAAGUUGGCAAGGAGUCUCCGAAGGAAAUCUCCAGGCCAGAGUCCGUUGCCAAGUCCGUCGCCAGUUCGAAGGACGAAGCUCCGAAAGAGCCUGAGCCCAUUUCGGAACCGACAAAAGAAAUCUCCCGGCCAGAAUCCGUCGCCAGUGUCAAGGAGAGCCCGAAAGAAUCCAAAUUGUCUCCUGAAUUAGAGAAGAUUGUCACUGAGAAGACAGAGAUCGUUAAACAAGUUGAAAUUGUUGAGCAGAAGAUCCAAGAAGUCGCCAAGGAUGAGAUUCUUAAGGUCGAGCCAACUUCCAAGGAGCCCUCUCGGCCACAAUCAUCCGCCGAGCUGAAAGAAGAGGUCAAGGAAGUUGGCAAGGAGUCUCCGAAGGAAAUCUCCAGGCCAGAGUCCGUUGCCAGUUCGAAGGACGAAGCUCCGAAAGAGCCUGAGCCCAUUUCGGAACCGACAAAAGAAAUCUCCCGGCCAGAGUCCGUCGCCAGUUCGAAGGACGAAGCUCCGAAAGAGCCUGAGCCCAUUUCGGAACCGACAAAAGAAAUCUCCCGGCCAGAAUCCGUCGCCAGUGUCAAGGAGACCCCGAAAGAAUCCAAAUUGAGCCCUCUCGGCACAAUCAUCCGCCGAGCUGAAAGAAGAGUCAAGGAAGUUGGCAAGGAGUCUCCGAAGGAAAUCUCCAGCAUCCGUUGCAUUCGAGAGAACUCAGGCGCCAUUUCGGAGCAAAGAAUCUCGGCCAGAGUCCGUGCCAGUUCGAAGGACGAAGCUCCGAAAGAGCCUGAGCCCAUUUCGGAACCGACAAAAGAAAUCUCCCGGCCAGAAUCCGUCGCCAGUGUCAAGGAGAGCCCGAAAGAAUCCAAAUUGUCUCCUGAGCUGGAGAAGAUUGUCACUGAGAAGACAGAGAUCGUUAAACAAGUUGAAAUUGUUGAGCAGAAGAUCCAAGAAGUCGCCAAGGAUGAGAUUCUUAAGGUCGAGCCAACUUCCAAGGAGCCCUCUCGGCCACAAUCAUCCGCCGAGCUGAAAGAAGAGGUCAAGGAAGUUGGCAAGGAGUCUCCGAAGGAAAUCUCCAGGCCAGAGUCCGUUGCCAGUUCGAAGGACGAAGCUCCGAAAGAGCCUGAGCCCAUUUCGGAACCGACAAAAGAAAUCUCCCGGCCAGAGUCCGUCGCCAGUUCGAAGGACGAAGCUCCGAAAGAGCCUGAGCCCAUUUCGGAACCGACAAAAGAAAUCUCCCGGCCAGAAUCCGUCGCCAGUGUCAAGGAGACCCCGAAAGAUCCAAUUAAGAUCCAAGAAGUCGCCAAGGAUGAGAUUCUUAAGGUCGAGCCAACUUCCAAGGAGCCCUCUCGGCCACAAUCAUCCGCCGAGCUGAAAGAAGAGGUCAAGGAAGUUGGCAAGGAGUCUCCGAAGGAAAUCUCCAGGCCAGAGUCCGUUGCCAGUUCGAAGGACGAAGCUCCGAAGAGCCUGAGCCCAUUUCGGACGACAAGAAUCUCCGCGAGUCCUGCCAGUUCGAAGGACGAAGCUCCGAAAGAGCCUGAGCCCAUUUCGGAACCGACAAAAGAAAUCUCCCGGCCAGAAUCCGUCGCCAGUGUCAAGGAGAGCCCGAAAGAAUCCAAAUUGUCUCCUGAAUUAGAGAAGAUUGUCACUGAGAAGACAGAGAUCGUUAAACAAGUUGAAAUUGUUGAGCAGAAGAUCCAAGAAGUCGCCAAGGAUGAGAUUCUUAAGGUCGAGCCAACUUCCAAGGAGCCCUCUCGGCCACAAUCAUCCGCCGAGCUGAAAGAAGAGGUCAAGGAAGUUGGCAAGGAGUCUCCGAAGGAAAUCUCCAGGCCAGAGUCCGUUGCCA